GCUUGUUUCCUCAGGUGGAGACGGACGAGUCAUUGAAGGAGCGAAUCAAAAUGGCGAGCCAAGAGGAGUCAGUGAGGGAGUUCGUCGCUGUAACUGAUGUGGAUGAGGAGAGGGCCCGGUUUUUCCUGGAGUCUGCCGGCUGGAAUCUGCAGCUUGCACUCGCCAGCUUCUUUGAGGACGGAGCUGAUGAUGACAUAGUGACACUUCCACAACCUGAGGGAGGCUCCUCGGUGUCCCGAUCCGCAGGGCCCAGUAGUCAGCCCAGAGUAACGUCCUUCAGAGAUCUAAUGCAUGAAGCAGAGGAUGAGAGUGAUGAAGAGGAAGGCCAAAGGUUUUUUGCAGGUGGAUCAGAGCGCAGUGGGCAACAGAUUGUGGGACCCCCCAAGAAAAAGAGCUCCAACGAAGUGGUAGAGGAUCUGUUUAAGGGGGCGAAGGAACACGGAGCUGUGCCUUUGGACCGCAGCGGGAGAGGACCGGGAGAGCCCAGCAAAGCUAAGGCAUUUGUUGGUGGAGGUUACAGGCUAGGAGCAGCCCCUGAGGAGGAGUCAACUUAUGUGGCUGGAGAGAGACGUGUUUCAAACAGCCAGCAGGAUGUACAUGUGGUGCUUAAGCUGUGGAAGUCUGGUUUCAGUCUGGAUAAUGGUGAACUCAGAAGCUAUGAUGAUCCUGGAAAUGCCAACUUCCUUGAAGCAAUCAGAAGAGGAGAGAUUCCUCUUGAGUUGAGGCAGCGGUCUCGAGGGGGCCAAGUCAACCUAGACAUGGAGGACCACAGGGAUGAGGACUUUACCAAGCCCAAGUUGGCCUUCAAAGCCUUUGAAGGUGAAGGACAGAAGCUGGGGAGCGCCACUCCAGAGCUGGUGUCAGCUCCGCCCACCUCUCAGCAGGACCAGGCUGCCAACGAGGCUCAAGCCAGUGCCUCAGUGACCCUCGACCCCUCCCAGCCCAUCACUAACAUUCAGAUCCGACUGGCCGACGGUGGCAGGCUGGUCCAAAAGUUCAACCAUACCCACAGGGUGUCUGAUCUGCGGCACUUUGUGGUGGCGGCCCGGCCCGCCAUGGCUGCCAGAGAGUUUGUUCUGAUGACCACGUUCCCCAACAAGGAGCUGACGGACGAGAGCCAAACGCUGCAGCAGGCCAACCUCCUCAACGCUGUCAUUGUCCAGCAGCUAAAGUGAGGAUGAGAGAGGAAGAGCAACUCCUAACCCACCCCACCCCCCCCCAGCUCCCCCCUCUCCCAGUGGUGAGGCUGAGCAUCUGCAGCCCUUUGAAACCUGCUGUUCCUAUUGAGGGAGGAGAAAACACAGACUUAUGUAUGGACUUCUAAUUUCUGAAUUUUGUUUUUCUAAAGUCAAACUUAACACUCUGCUUCACAACCCUGCCCCCUCCAAAUUCUCCCCCUCUCCCUGUCUGCGACAGACUGUAAAGGGGAGGAAACUAAAAAUCUUCCAGAAUGGAACAGAGUUCAGGAAAGAGCCUGUCGGAGCCUGCAGACGCAGUCCAUCUUGCUGAACGACAGUUUAGUUAUAAACACGAUCACUAAACGUUUGUUUACCAUCAACCCUUCUUUUCUUCUUCUAUUAACAUUAACUUGGCCCGUCAGCUGCUUACUGUCAGUGGCAGAUCCACGCAGCCACAGAUUUCCACUUCUAAUCUGUCUCAACAGCACAAACCAGACCCACAUAAGGAAGCUAGUUUAGUAUCGCAUGAUGAUGAGGCUUUUUGUACAAGUUUCCAUUUCUCUCCACACAUUCUAUCUGGAGAGAAAUGUGGAAUGAUGGAGCAAAACACUUAGGAUUUUUUUUUUCUCUCCAAACCAACUUAUACCAGUAGCCUUACUCUUCUUUAUUCACCUCAACAAUCACAGCUGUCCCUUUGUUUAAAUGAAGAUGGAAUUAUUUUUUUAAAUGAACCCCUCUCAUCCUUUUCUUUCUUCCUUUCACAGAUUGUAAGUUUGUCCCAGUUAGACGGUGGCAUUUUGAUAUAUGAAAACCAGUUACACGUGGCUUUACUAUCGAACCAAUGGUUGAGCAAAAGAACAUUUAGAUUGUAAACACUGGAUUGUGUUAGCAGAAGUUGAAUUCCUAAGAUACACUGACAUCUUCUAUGCAUCCUGGGGCAACACAAAAAUAUGUUUGGACCUCUGGUGAAAUAAAUUCAUUUUAUGGUUGAUGUAUAAAGAAAUUACAGUCUUGUGUUUUUGUUGUUGUUGGUGGGAAGUGGGAGAUUUGCUGCUUUUAUAAAGUCAGAAAACAUGAAUUGUAAUUAUGCCAGAUUUUGUUUGCAGACUGUCAUCAUUAUCAGUGUGUUUAUGUGAACAGCAUGUAUCAGAUUAGCAGUGAUGCAGCCACAUUGCUGGAUUCUUCUGUUUGUCAAACUUCCCAAAAGAAGUGACACAUGGAACCGUGUGUAACGCUUAUAUGAAGUGUGGAGUUCAAAAAAAUGUACCCACAGUAUAGUUUAAGAAGGAAACUAGCUAUAGAGGCCAAAAGCAUUUUUUCUUUCAGGCUGGAUACGUGAUUAUUUCUGCUGUGAAGCUGAACAUUUUAAAAUGAAAGUCUAUAGAGACUGCCUCACUUUUGGAGACAUCCUCAGGUGGCUAUUAGAGCCAUUUUGUCACAUCAUUGAAAGGAGACUCAUGAUGUGGUUUUUAAUCUAGGAGGCCUCCUUGGAUUGGGCAUGUCCAAAUGGAAGGAGACAAUCCCAUUUGGACAUGGGAUUGUUUAUCGUGUCUCUUGGCUGGCUUGAUAAAACCUCAGUCCCUCCUGGAAAAACUAACAGUGUUGGCUGGGAAGAGGGAGGUCUGGGCGGCUCUGCUCAGCAUGCUGCCCCGUGACGUGUGG